AACUCAGCUGCUGAAACCGCCGUUCCCGCUCUUCGGAAUCGCAUCUCGAGACCCGCGAAGCGUCCCAGCUCGGCCCUCAUCCUUCCCGCAGCGGCGGCGGCCCGGGCCCCGCGGGCUCUGAACCAUGUACACCCGCACUGGGCUGCAGGGCUCCGGGGUCGGAGCCCCCGCCGCCUCCCGCCCGGCCCGGGACCCCCCUGCGUGGCGCAGGGAGCUGGGCCCGCCGCAGGGCCCCAGGCGGGGUUCGGAGGAGGCUCCUGUGAGCCGUUCGCGGGAGAGCCCGGAGCAGGCGGGCCAGAGGUUCACAGGUGCAUAUACCUUGAUAGUACCAAAUGAAAAUCGAAGAAAUGAGAUGCAACAGAUGGCUGCAAAAGAGCUGAAGGACCUGGAGAGGUGGAAGGAGCAACAAAGGACGAAGCCCAUUAACCUGGCACCCAUGCAGCUAGGUGGAAACCAGUCAGAGGUUGAAGUCAGGCAGAGACAACAACUUCAACUGAUACAAUCUAAAUACCAGAAAAAGCUGAAAAGAGAAGAAUAUAUAAGAAUCAAGAGGGAAGCUGAAGAAGCCGAAAUCCAAAAAAUGAAGGCAGUUCAGAGAGAAAAGAGCAAUAAACUAGAGGAGAAAAAGAGGCGUCAAGAAAACCUCAGAAGAGAAGCUUUUAGAGAACAUCAGCAAUGCAAAACUGCUGAGUUCUUGAGAAGACUCGACACAGAGUCGCCACACAGAGGUACCUGUCCAGUGGCUGUUUGUGACCCACAAUCUUCAGCUUCGGCCAGAAGACAGGCUUAUAUGGAUUCUAUAAGGGAAGAAAGUAAAAAAUUGCAAAAGAUGAAGGAUGAACACCGCCAGAAGAGUGAAUUACUGGAAUUUAAACAAGAGCAACAGGAGGAAGAAAGAGCCAGAAUCCACCAGGCUGAACACAGGAGGGUAAAUAAUGCUUUUCUGGACCGACUCCAAGGUGAAAGUCAACCAGGUGGCCUCCAGCACUUUGGAGGCAAUUGGAAUAUGAAUAGUGGUAACAGCUGGGAUAUAUGAGAAAUAUUUGCUUACAUCUGGCCUUUGUCAACUGACCUUGAAAAACCACACGAGAUGUUUUUCCUUCUUGCAGCUUUGUUCAGCCUCACUGUUUUUACCUUGACUUCAACUGCCCAUCCACUCAGCUGAGCAGCUGGGGAUGACUGGUUUCUCCCUGUCAUUAUUUAUGCAUGUUUGUAGGAGCUGAUUACUGAACUCAUAUUUAAUCUCUACUGCCAGUGAAAUGCUACAUUAUUUUUCUAAUUGGUUUCACCUCUUAUUGGAAGUAUAAUUAUAGACGUGUUAGUAAGAUAGAAAAGGAGGGAAUCAUUUGAUGCUUUCAGGUUAGUGAGAGCUGUGGGUGCUGCAUGCUUGUCUCUCUAAACAGCUAAUUCUUAUCUAAUUCUCAGAUCAGGUUUGGGGAAGCUUUGGCACCUUUAGAUUUGAAUCCCUACUUUCUUAAUUCAGGGCACAAAUGUGAGCCAAAGAAAAAAAUAAAUCUUUUAUAUGCUUUUAAACAAAUUUAUAAAUAAAAUUUGAACUGCUUCUGUAUAAA